GAAGGUGGGGGAGCAAGAUGGCUGCGACUAAGAGGAAACGGCGUGGAGGCUCGGCGGUUCAGGCGAAGAAGCCAAAAAGAAACGGGAAAGAUGCCGGGCCGUCAGCUAAGCCGCGCGUCAUGGUAGAGGAAGUGGAGGAGGAAGAGAGAGACCGUAUCCCAGGCCCCGUUUGUAAGGGCAAGUGGAUAAAUAAGGAACGGAUUCUUAUCUUUUCUUCCAGAGGAAUAAAUUUCAGAACAAGACAUUUAAUGCAGGACUUGAGAAUGCUGAUGCCUCAUUCUAAAGCAGAUACUAAAAUGGAUCGGAAAGAUAAAUUAUUUGUGAUUAAUGAGGUAAUUUUAGAGAGGAAUAGUCAGAAGAUCCACAAACAUCGGCGUAUCAUAAGAUCCAUCACAGCUGCAAAAUAUAGAGAGAAACAGCAAGUGAAAGAUGUGCAGAAAUUGAGAAAGAAAGAACCAAAGACAAUUCUUCCACAUGACCCCACUGAAGAUGUUUUUGCUAUACCAGCUGAGGAAAAGCCAAUAGAAAUACAAUGGGUAAAACCAGAGCCAAAAGUCGAUUUGAAAGCUAGAAAGAAAAGGAUUUACAAAAGGCAAAGAAAAAUGAAACAGAAGAUGGGCGCUAGGAAUGCGAAAUGAAUCAAUGCAUAACUAACUUGCUUUUCAGUUAUCUUAUAUUUAUUUUGUAUUCAUUGUGUAAAUACUUCUAUUAUCCAGGACGAUCUUGUGUCUAAUUAGUGGAUCAUUUAAAAGAAAGAAAAAUUAAAAUUCUUAAAUCAGUGCUGUAUACCUUUUUCUAAAUAAAGUAUCACCAGA